CGAAGUGCCCGGGUUCCUUCAAUUUUGAUAUCUGUCAACUGUCAGUAAGCUGAAAUUCGCUGAUGACAGUGCCUCUCUAUGAAGAAUAAGUAAUUGUGCAGUGGGAGUUUGUCUCCUAGGUUCCAGACCUUAGUUUGUGUGCGAGCUUGUGGUGCAGACAUGCCUAUCCAGCAGGUUCGAGUACUGACAUUAAAUGGAGGGGAGGAUUUGUCCCGCACUCUCUUCAGGCUGGAAAAAGGGUGGGUGCUUAGGUUUGUGAUGGGCCCAUCUCUCCAUGCCAGUCCUGUGCGUGUGUUCUGUAACCAUCCACCUUCCAAAGAUGUGGCCUAUGAUAGGGAGGUGUACUAUGAAUUAAAAUGGCGGUCACCGUCGGGUUCACGGAUAGACAGACACGAUGUGUACACAGAAGUCAACAUCCAUAUAGCUGGCUCCUUCAAUUACUACUUCACAGUUGAUGAGAGCUCGUCUCCGGACAAGCCCAGUGGUAAAGGUUACUUCCUGGUGGAUCCCACGCUAUCCUUUGACGACGAUGAUGAUAUUGACAGUGAAGUUACACUUGACUGUGUACAGUGUCUGACUGUUCUAUCCAAAUGUCUUGGUUCUUUCGAUGAGUGGGAGAGCAGACUCCGUGUUGCCAAGGAAACCGGUUAUAACAUGAUACACUUCACUCCUAUACAGGAAUUAGGCCAGUCUAACUCUGCCUACUCAAUUCGCAACCACCAGGUGUUUAGUCCUGUGUACAGCCCUCCAGGUGUCAAGUAUACUUAUAACGAUGUGGAGAAACUUGUCACCAAAAUGUGGAAGGAAUGGAAGGUGUUUUCUCUGACUGAUCUUGUCCUAAAUCACUCAGCCAAUGACUCAAAGUGGCUUCAGGAACACCCAGAAUGUGCAUAUAAUCUAGUAAACUCCCCUCAUCUGAAGCCAGCUUACUUGGUAGACAGAAUCCUGCGUCACUUCAGCAAUGAAGUAGCAAAGGGCAAGUGGGAGGACAAAGGUGUUCCAGCCAAGAUUUCAGAACAUUACCACUUAGAGGCUGUUCGACAUCUGAUGAUGACCGAAAUUAUUCCUCCCCAUAAAUUAUACGAGUUCUACACAGUGGAUGUGGAAGAUUACCUAAAAAAGUUUAGGAAAGCUACAGAAGAAGGAAAGGAGGUGGUGACAUUUAAGCCUAAGCUGGAGAUUAUUCAGGACCCUGAGUUUCGUCGACUUGGCUCUACAGUAGAUAUGAACACUGCCUUAAGACUUUACCACAUUGGCAGGUAUGAUGAUGUCAGUCCCAAUGAGAGAAUUAACGCUUGUUGUGCUGCACUGGAAAAGAAAUUACAUGAACUCAAUAGUGGGAAGAUUAAAGAAAUGGAAGACCAUAUUCAUGCUAUUGUAAACAACUUCAUAGCCAACACAAGAUGGAGGUUUCUAACUGGGGAUGGGCCAAAGCUGGGAACAGUUACAGUGAAGACGCCAAUGAUGCACAAUUAUUUUAUUCAGCCUGAUUCCUACAUAGCAUCCCUGGAUACAGAGAAGGCCAGGAUAGAUACAGAUGCUGCCAAGCACAUAAUGGCUUCUAAUGGCUGGGUUAUAGGUGAUGACCCACUGAGAAACUUUGCUGAGCCAGGCUCCAACAUUUACCUGCGACGAGAACUGGUGGCCUGGGGAGACAGUGCUAAGCUGAGGUAUGGAAAAAAGGAAUCAGACUGCCCAUACUUGUGGCAGUAUAUGAAGGAAUAUACAGAAAAGACUGUGAGGAUAUUCCAUGGUGUCCGACUUGACAACUGCCACAGUACACCACUACAUGUAGCUGAGUAUAUGCUUGAUGCUGCAAGGAAGAUUCGGCCUGAUUUGUAUGUGGUAGCUGAACUGUUCACAGGCAAUGAGGGUCUGGAUAACUACUUCCUCAACAAACUAGGAAUCAACUCUCUCAUCAGAGAGGCCCUGAGUGCCAAAACUGGUCGUGAGUUGGGAGGAUUGGUGUACAGGUAUGGUGGCCAAGCUGUUGGCUCAUUCAUACAACCCAGAGUACGCCCUAUGAUACCCACAGUGGCACAUGCUCUUUUUUUUGACCAAACGCAUGACAACCAGGGUCCUGUUCAGCUGAGAUCAGCGUAUGAUCUUUUUCCAAACGCAGCUCUUGUAGCUAUUUCCUGCUGUGCGUCAGGAAGUAACCGUGGAUAUGACCAGAUCAUUCCUCAUCACAUUCAUGUGGUUAAGGAAAAGAGAUUGUAUACAUCUUGGAGUGACAGUCCAACACCUGAUCGUGCCCACAUCAAUCAGAUGUCUGGCAUCACCGCAGGGAAGACCGUGCUCAACAAACUACAUGGGGAGCUGGGCAGGAGAGGCUUCUCUGAGGUUUUUGUAGACCAUGUGAGAGACGAUGUGAUAUCUAUCACCAGACACAACCCCCAUACACAUGACUCUGUAGUGCUGAUAGCCAGGACUGCCUUUCAUCAUCCAAAUCAUCCCCACGACACUGGUUUUAUUCCACCUGUUACCAUUCAGGGCAUUGUCACCCGGAUCUUGUUCGAGGGGCGUCCUGUCCACACAGGUGAUUCACAAUAUAACAAGGAUGAGGAUUACAUCAAUGGACUGCCUGACUACAUCUUAGAGCUGCAGAAAGACAUCGACGUAGGGGAAAGUCGUAUGGCCAGGGUAGUGGUCUCAAAUGACACGCCUACCUCUGAGGUUCAUCUUCACAUGUUUACACCUGGAAGUGUCAUAGCAUUCAGAUGUGAAUUUCCUACACAACCCAAAAAUGCUAUUCUAGAGAUACGACGUGGAAUUGGUCAGUUUGGUUACCUCAUGAGAUCCUAUAGUGGACGCACUAUGUUUGAUGAGACGUGGGAUAAGUCCAACUUUCAGGCAAUUGUUGGACAGCUGACCUUGUCUGAUCUAAACAGAAUUCUAUAUCGAUGUGACCCUGAGGAGAGGGAUGAUGGGAAGGGCUUUGGGGCCUAUGAUAUCCCUCAAUAUGGACCUAUGGUGUAUUGUGGUCUCAGAGGUUUAAUGGCAGUACUGUCUUCCAUACGCUCCCAGAAUGAUUUGGGUCAUCCUUUGUGCAACAACCUACGUAAUGGGGACUGGCUCCCUAGCUACGUGGCCUCUAGACUCCUUCUUCACAAAAGUACAUAUGAUCUUGGUAACUGGUUCAUGGGAAUAUUCCAUCAUCUCAGUGAGAUACCCCGUUUUCUCAUCCCAUGUUAUUUUGAUGCAGUGAUCACUGGAGCAUAUGUUGUUUUGCGGGACCUCACUGUCAAAAUCAUGUCUGAUUUUGUUAAGGAUGGGUCUACAUUUGUUCAAGCACUGGCCUUAGGGUCAGUUCAGUUCUGUGGAUUUGUCUUGACAGCCAAGUUGCCUCCAUUGUCACCAAAUCUGGCACAGCCAACGCCGCCUAACUACACAGACGAAAACAGUGGCAAAAUCAUCCAAACAACUCUGUCACUUGCUGCAGGUUUUUCCCACUUUGCCAGUGGUUACAUGAGGAACUGGGGAAGAGACACGUUCAUUGCUUUACGAGGCCUCUUACUGCUGACUGGUAGAUUCUCCGAAGCAAGGUACAUCAUCCUGUCCUUUGGUGGCUGUUUACGUCAUGGCCUCAUCCCAAACCUGCUGAAUGAGGGAAGUGGUGCACGCUAUAACUGCAGAGAUGCUGUGUGGUGGUGGCUACAAUCCAUCCAGGACUACUGCAAUAUAGUUAAGGGAGGUCAUGCCAUUCUUCAAGACAAGGUGUCAAGGUUGUACCCUACUGAUGACUCUCCCUGUCAACAGGCAGGAGCUUAUGACCAAAGCUUAUGUGAUGUGAUUCAGGAAGCUCUCCAACGACAUGCAGAGGGCCUCAAAUACCGUGAGAGGGAUGCAGGCAAAAGCAUCGACGAUAACAUGUCUGAUGAAGGUUUCAACAAUGAAAUUGGAGUGAGGUGGGAUGAAGGUUUUGUGUUUGGGGGCAAUGAGUGGAAUUGUGGUACAUGGAUGGAUAAAAUGGGAGGAUCUGACAAGGCAGGCAACCGUGGCAAACCUGCCACACCUAGGAAUGGGUCAGCUGUAGAGAUGGUGGGUCUGUGUAAGUCGACUGUGCGUUGGCUGGAGGAAAUGAAUUCAAAAGAUCUUUACCCAUACAACUCUGUCAGUGCAACUAUAAAUGGUGAGGUAAAGCAGGUGACAUUCCAGGAGUGGAACAGUUUAAUACAGGCCAAUUUUGAGAAAUAUUUCUGGAUUAACUCCACUCCCAUCCCUGAGAAUGAGCCUCAUCCUGAGCUGAUCAACAGGAGAGGGAUGUAUAAAGACACUUACCUUGCCAAGCCAUUCUGGACAGACUUUCAGCUCCGACCCAACUUUCCAGUGGCCAUGGUUGUUGCCCCAGAACUGUUUACUCCGGAAAAUGCUUGGACAGCCCUGCUGGAGGCUGAUGAUGUACUGGUUGGCCCGCUUGGUAUGAAGACAUUGGACCCUAGUGACUGGAGCUAUGUUGGUGACUAUGACAACUCCAAUGAUUCCUCUGAUCCUAAGGUGGCAAAUGGCUUUAACUACCAUCAGGGGCCAGAAUGGGUGUGGCCACUUGGCUACUACCUACGUGCCAGACUGCAUUUUGCCCGUAUUCUGAACAAAAGAAUACCAGGACUGCUGAAAACAACAGUCAGCUAUGUCAAGUCCAAACUGACAACUCAUUACCAGGAAGUGAUGUCCUCUCCUUGGCAGUCAUUACCAGAACUCACCAACUCCAAUGGCAAGUACUGUCGGGACAGUUGUCGAGCCCAGGCAUGGAGUGUAGGAUGUAUACUGGAAGUCCUGUAUGACCUCGAACAGCUCGAGGACAGUGAUGAGAUUGCUGAUACAACAAAAAUUGUUGCCCAAGAUAUGAGGACAAUCACAGUCUAGUGAGUGAGAAGAAAUCCAACCCCUGAAUCAGGACAAUUACAGUCACCCUCAAGUGACAUCAAGGCAUAAUCAUGGUUACAAUUUUAUGACUGGGCUUGCAUCCCAGCAUUCAAUCAGUUGAUCGAUAUACAGGCCCUGCAUCAGGAAAUUGAUAACUGCAGUCAAACAUUUGUGAAAUAUCAAAUGAAAUUUUUAUUUUCUGAAUCAGAGUUACUGUAAAUGUACAGUGUAUUAUUUUAGGGCCUUUUUUUAAUACUGAAAGAAUUAAUGUGAUAAAAUAUUAGCGGUCAGGUGGUGCAGUGAUAAUGCUCUCACCUUUCACUAAGGUAUCCGGGGUUCAGUUCCCGGAACAGACGUGGAAAGAUAUUUUAUCAUCUACCAGACCACAUUGGUUUUACUCCAAUUUCCUCCCAUAGUUUAAGACCCCUUGUGCACUUCCAUCCGUGCCAACAAGAGUGAAUAGUAUAAAUUGUAAUAACCUGAUUCGCAAUUGUUUUUAUUUUUUGAAAUAUGGAAUGUGCUAAUUGCUGUUUUUGUGUAUUGUUUGUAUACCAGUAUCAAUUUCGUGGAUAUACAAAUUCAUCUUUGUGCUAAUUUGCCAAAAAGUGAUUAUAAUCAGAAAUAUGAUUGCAGUUAAAGUGUAUUUACAAUUAUUAUUUUUUUAUAGUAUUAAUCAUUAAGCGAUGAAAGGUCGUGUAAUGAAGCAUAAUGGACGGUGGUCACACAGCUUAUCAAGCUGAGGUGGUCAAGAUUUACAUUAGAGAUCAAAACAUGAUGGCCUACAUCUUGUUGAAGUCCCUCAAUGUACAGGUUAUGAAUUCAUAUUUUUAUCAAAGAACUGAGCUUUUAGUUUUUGGGGCUUUUGUAACCUUAGGUUAUCACUAAAUUGUGUCUGGAGAUGUCUAGUUAGUGUAGAUAGUGUCUGGAGAUGUCUAGUUAGUGUAGAUAGUGUCUGGAGAUGUCACUAGUGUAGAUAGUGUCUGGAGUUGUCACUAGUUAGUGUAGUUAAUGUCUGGAGAUGUCACUAGUUAGUGUAGAUAGCGUCUGGAGAUGUCACUAGUUAGUGUAGUUAAUGUCUGGAGAUGUCUCUAGUUAGUGUAGUUAGUGUCUGGAGAUGUCACUAAUUAGUGAAGUUAGUGUCUGGAGAUGUCACUAGUUAAUACAGUCUGUGGAUGUCUCUUGGUUGUACGGUUAAGUAUUUGGGAAAAGUUCUAACAUGCUGAUAUUGUGGUCUCACUUUUCCCCUGACCAGCACAAGCUGUUAACCACUCACUUAAAUGGCACUAAAUCAAAUCACUGUGCACCCAUGUUGUGGGCAAACACGACUGUGCUGGUGAGAAACCUCUUUGCUCUCAUCAUAAGUCACUAAUGCAAUAGAGUUGUGUUUUGGGGAUCUCAUUGUUACAAAAUACUGUUACCUUGUAUAUACAUAUGUUCCUAUAUGUAUGUCAGCAAUAUAUAAUGUAUAUAUUAAAUAUAAUGAUAUUAGAAUUAAAUGUUAUAGUAAUAAAAUGUAACUAGAAAUCAAUUAACAGUUCACUAAUGUAUCAAUGUAGGGAGAUCUCUGUUUCUUCAUAAGGCUUGUGUUGAUAGUCUUUUGACAAAUAAAAUGUAUGAUGAUAAUACUUACAAGAUAUUACCCCAUAGAAUUUAUUUUUCUGUUAGAAUUAUACACAUCACAUAACAAUGAUAUGUUUAAGUUGGGUAAAUUUAUUCUCUAGUGCUGGCUUACAUGUACUUAACAUCGUUUAUUUGUUAUUCUGCUUGUUACUGUAUAUUUCUUUUCUGCCGGUGCUAUUUAUAUAGUCUGUGGUCUGUAUGCAUAUUCGUCAUUCCUAAAUCCAGCUUAUAGUAAUAUUUCUGUGAUAUCUAGCUAUAAAUGAGCCUGUGUUGUCCGUACUGGGAUACCCAGGGUAAGACUGAAGUUAGAAAGUUGUCAUGUUUAAUUAUGUGGGUGUCAUGCGAGCUUCAUCAUCUUUCAACAUUUAUCCUUUGACCUAUUUUUGUGUUUUCCUGUAAAAAUGAUUUUUUACCUAAGAAUGUAACCCACCACUCUGUUCAAGUGUUUACCUGAAUACAGUGAAAUCCAAAUAAUUCACAGUUCUUGUGUUUCUCUAUUUUCUUUUCAUCACCAGUAAUGUUACUUGAAGUAAACCCAUAUAAUUUUGCCUCUGCUUACUUGCAAUUUUAAACUGUUUCGAAGCGAAAUUGACUCGUCCAAUUAUUCCUAGCCAAUUUAACAUCCUGUUGCCUGUUACAACAUUGUCCAGCUGCUUUAAAAGGUAAACUUCUUAAGUGUUGUUACCUCAGAAUCUCUGGUUCAAUCAAAAAUAUGGCUUUGUCUCUUAGGUCUUGCAGAUAUACUUGUUUGGGUUUGAAAAUGCUAUCACUUCAUAUGCCUUUGAACUCGGACACCAGCAGGUGUUCAAUAAUAAACACAUUCUAGGCACAACUAUUGAAAUUUUUAGUAUUAUCAUUGUCUUAACACUGCAGUUAAUUUCAAUUACUGAUGAUAAUGUAAAUUUGUCACCUCAAUCCAGAAGUUUGUGGCACCAUAAUGCAUGAGUGACAUGUUUGUAACUUCACAAUGCAUGGCUGAUAUUUUUGUGGCAUCAUAAUACAUGGGUGGUGUGUGGCAUCACAAUAAAUAGAUGACAUGUUUGUGGCAUAUAAAUUAAAUGAAAUAGAAGUGGAAUAAAUGAAGUACUGUUAAGAAACUCAUUAGGGUAUUUCAGUUUUAUUUUCUUAUCACUAACUUUAAUUUUCAUUAUGUAUUCAACAUUCUUACAAUUUAUCAAGUAUGCGUAUAGACCUCAAUAGAUAUUUCUUUAUUUUCUUAGAAGCUACACACUUAAGCCUUUACUAACAUCAAAGGAAUAAAGGUAAACAGGAGUUGCUAUUUAACUCUGUUUACCAAAGUUUGCUGUGCCAAUAACAAAUGUGUAACUAUUGAUUUGCAAGAGGAACGGUGCAUCAGUUGAUAAGUUCUCUGAAUGAAAGAAAAAAUCUAAAUGCAAGCAUCUGAUGUACUAGAUGUUUAUCUACAAUCAUAUUACAUUUACAAAGUGUUUACAGUAACUACCACCAUGUCAGGGCAUAUCUUAUAGUAUUGUUUUAACCUACUGCUUUCAAAGUCCAAAUCCAAGUACCUUUGUAUGAAAGUGUUGGUUAUUAAAAUCAAUUUAUGUACCUCACCAUUUACAAAUGUAUUGCCCUUUUGUUAACCCAUGGCUCAUAUUGAUAUAAACAUGUCAUAAAUGCGAUAUUUUACUUGUGAAGAGGUGUUGGAAUCCUUUUAUGUGUAGUUUGAAAAUCCAAUCUACAGAAAAGAAUGGUUAUUAUGGCUAGGAUGAACAUUAAAUGUCACAGAUCUUGCCUCGUUUUUAUUAUGUUAAUUACCUAUAAUCCAUAAUGAGAUGUUGGUGUCUGAAUUUUUUUUUACACAUUUUAUAUUGUUAUAUUUACAAUUCUUUAAUCCAGAGGCUUUAGUUGUAGCCACCUAACAUCCUCAGUGUACCCAAUAACCUGUAAUCUUAUCUCAUUAUUUUGGCAUUCCCUCCCUUUUUUCCACAUGAAAUAGAUGGUAAAUGUAUAGUGGAGGUGUUCAGAACUCAUGAUCUGAGAUUUAGCAAUGUGAUGGGAAUGAAUGUUAUUAAAGAAUAUUAAACAUUGUUAUCAAUUAUAAAA